CACACUACGUUUCAUUCCGUGCACUCUUUACGUUGUAUUCCUUGACCUUUUUGUUAAAACCAUAUUUUAUAAACAAUUAAAUUAAAAGCAGGGCUUCAAAUUAUCCAAUUUAGUAGAAAAUUUUUGAAUUUAUCGGAUAAAAUUAUUUGUUCAGUGCUGAGAGUCUGAGCUAGAUAAUAACAUUAAACUGAAUAUCAAAAUCGAGAAAAUCUUCUUUUUCCAUGGAUGGUUUUACAACACUCGUUUUUUCUGCCCUGAACGACCCAACAACACUAGCAUAUUGUUUAUGUCUUAAAAUCUAUUUUUUUGCGUGAUGGCCGAAAAAGCAGAAAAGGCCAAGAUUAAUGCUCAGAUCAAGCAUGUUCCGAAAGAUGCACAGGUGAUAAUGUCCAUACUGAAGGAGCUGAAUGUCCAGGAAUAUGAGCCGCGCGUUGUAAACCAAUUGCUGGAAUUCACCUUCCGAUAUGUGACCUGCAUAUUGGACGAUGCCAAGGUGUAUGCGAAUCAUGCACGCAAGAAGACCAUCGAUCUCGACGAUGUCCGCCUGGCCACUGAUAUGGCGCUGGACAAGAGUUUCACCGGUCCACUGCCGCGUCAUACCCUGUCGAAGGUAGCCGAGAUACGGAAUAGCAUGCCACUGCCACCGAUUAAGCCGCACUGCGGCUUGCGUCUGCCCCCAGACCGUUACUGCCUCACCGGUGUCAACUACAAGCUGCGGGCCACAAAUCAAGCCAAGAAGAUGCCCAAAUCGGCACUGGAGGCGCGCGCAUUGAAAACCGUCGUAAAGCCCGUGGCCAGUGCCAAUGGGCCGAAGCGUGCCCACUCUGUGGUGGCAAAACAGCAGGUGGUAACCAUACCCAAGCCCGUCAUCAAAUUCACAACCACAACGAAGAAUGUCCCUGGUAAUGCAGACACUAAGACGGACACCAGUUCCGGUGGCGACAUGAAAAUGGAGGUGGACAGCGAUGCGGUGGCCGUGGGCAGCAUUCCGAGCACCAGUGCCAGUGCCACAGGCGUCAGCUCGGCCGUAAAGCGGGAACGCGAAGAGGAGGAGUUCGAAUUUGUCGCGAACUGAUUGAACAAAAAUACAAAUUAAUUAUUAAAGUAUAUUUUCAACAUCUUCCGUAGUAAAAAAAAA